AUGUCCAGAAAAGUCACAACAUUUAUUAUACCCGUGCGAAAAAACUACUGGCUCCAGCGAUGCAUCAUGCCCGCCGGAGCUGAUAUACCCAUGCUAUCUACGGAUCCUCUCCCCCCAGGAAACUAUGGCUGGGUUUGCCUACCACUCCUCUCGACCGUCGUUCGCUCGAUGUUAGAUAUCGUUAUGGCGACUGUUAAUUCUAGUCGGGAGAGUCAUAGGUGCAGUCUGUGUCACUAUGUAGAUGAUAACAUAGCUGAGAGCUCAGACGUCGUUCGUCUUCUUCGUCUUACGUCGGUCGGGCCUUUGUCACCAGGCUUCGCCUUGCUUAGUGUCAUGCUUUCAAACGACGCUAACGACGUUAUUCCUAGAUCCCUGCUUGUUACUUAUGGCUUCUUUUUAAGAGGGUUCAUCGCGUUGGGAUGGACGUACCAUUGGACCCAGUCCAGAGUGGGGUGCGGAGGGGAAUGGUUACAGUCUGGACCGGUGUUUUCGUGGAAGGAUGUCGGAGGUCGCCUACACAUUAAGCUGUUCGCCGGCUAG